AUGUCAGGGUCCAAACGCACCACAGAGGUGUUCACAGUGGAGGAGGUGGCAGAGGAGGUGAAGGGAGCCCGCAACAACAAGACUAAGGGCAUGUAUGAGAGGUACGUUCAGCCCUGCCUGGCCGAGCUGUUCGGGACCAGCCUGUUAGUGUUCGUGGGAUGUUCGUCUGCCAUUGGGAACCUGGGAUCCGGCAGCGUCCUCCAGCCUGCUCUGGCCACCGGACUGACACUGGGAGUGCUCAUCAUGGUGUUUGGGAAAAUAAGUGGGGGCCACUUUAACCCUGCAGUGUCUCUGAGCGUCUACCUGUGUGGAGGGAUGGAGCUGCUCAUGACGGGGCCUUACCUCACAGCUCAGGUUCUAGGAGGGAUGAUCGGGGCUGCUUUGACAAAGGUCAUAUACCCGACCGACUUGUACGACGUGGCCCUCGGUGGAGCCAUUAUACCCGGCACCACCGACCUGGUUAAGGCCACGAUCGCAGAGAUGAUGAUGACCCUGAUCCUCACCACGGUGGUGUGUCUGGGUGAAGUCAACCAACAGACCCGCUCGCCGUCGGCUCCGUUCUGCGUCGGCCUCACGGUGACGGCCAACAUAAUAGCAGGAGGGAUUCUGUCCGGUUCCUGCAUGAACCCCGCCCGAGCCUUCGGACCUGCGGUGGCUGCCAACCAGUGGACCCAUCACUGGAUCUACUGGGUCGGACCCAUGGGUGGUUCACUGCUCAAUGUUAUCUUCAUCAGGUUGUUCUUUGGUGACCAGAAGACUCGUGUUAUGCUGAAGUGA